UUUUGAUAAUUUUAGCUAGAUUGUUCGAUUGCCCCCCUACUGCUGUAGGUUGGCUCUUUUGUUUUUUCUUGGCCUCCGUGUCGGUGGAACGCGCAACUGCUGUGACCUUAAAUAAUACUCCGAGUAGUCGUUUUCAGACGACAGAGGCAUUGCCAAUAGGCGUAUGUAUGUCAUGCGUAGCAAUCAUGGGGCGGGUAUAGUUGGUGCCCAAGAACGGCUCCUCAACUGUCGUGGUAACUGUUGGCCGAUGCAAAUGGUGUGUUGGAAGCACUGUACCCGUUACGUGUGUUUUGUUGUGGGGGUGAUUUGCGGUGUUGAACACCGGCGGCAGCGCCUUGGGUGAAAGGCCGCCUAUCUAUCUGCUUCGCCGAUCGCGAUACUUUCGGCGGUGUCCCGUUCGUAUCAGGGAACGUAGCAGUCACAUGGUUGAUGCAGUUCGGGCAUAAAAAAAGAGUACUGUUCUCUGGAUCGUUCUUAUGCCAAGCACAGCGGCAGACUUGCCGCUGCCUUUUUUGGGGUGUAGCCCACCGUGGCCUGUGACCACACGGAGGGGGAGUCGAUCGUGUCCUGGUCAACGGACGUGGGAGGGUUUGCGGCGUGAAGCUGUAAACAACACAGCAGAUAGAGAUACCAUGGGACAGGAUGGUAGAGCUUUUUUCCUGUACGGGGUGUGUGUCUCUGGUGUCGGUGUAGAGCGCAUGCAGUGUUCUAUCGAGGGGUGCACGAAAACGAGAUUUUUUCAAUCAGCGCAAGCAGACGGUGGUUCCUUUAAGCAGGCGAAGAAUGUUGAAAAGGCGGAAUCCGUGUUGUUGUUCUGCUGUGUUUUCGCUCGUAGGGUUCCCGCGUUGAGUUGGUUCCGGAACAAGCGUUUUCCUCUUGCACGUUAGACGGGCUGAUUUGUAGCGUGUUUGGAGCAGGGGCCUCUCUCCCUGCUGCCUGUGCGAAUAUCCAUACCGUGUUCAUCAAGAAGCGCUAUGAUACUAGCGCAGAAGCGUUAGUGCUGGUUCUUACGAACAUGGAAGCCUGCUGGUGGUGGGUGGGGCAUCGCUCUGUAGCGGGGUUUGUGGCAGUGUGGGAGAGGAGACCUUCUCCGGUUGGGACGUGCAUGCUUGGCUCAAGCGCCAGUGCUGGCUCUGCUUACGGACAUGAAAAUCCGCUGGUAGUGGGUGGGACAUCACUAUGUUACGGUGACCGGCUCAUGGGUUUGCGGCGGUGUGGGAGAGGAGACCUUCUCCGGUGGGGGCGUGCGUGCUUGGCUGAUGCUGCUGCUACAUGUAUCGGACUGGCUGUAUGUAGUCCCCGCUGCCGUCGGGGUUGUAGUUCGCUUUGCGUACCGCACGGCUGUAUCGCCGCCCGUCGUAUUUUCGUCGUUGUUGGUGGUGUUUUGGUGGUGGUGAUGUUCGGCGGCUGUGUUUUGGCCACUCGUGUUCUUCUUGUCGUUUUUCCGAGUUUUGUGAUGCACCAGAGAAACGUCUAGAGUGUGUACAGAAAAUGUGAUAUCUUUGUUUGGCUUGUCGAGGUGCUUCCUGCGGUACGAGGGGGGUCGAGAGAAAAGAGGGUAGGCACGAAGCAGUAUCGAGUUCUGCGGAAGCAGUUGGUUGUGUGUGGCGCGUUGCCCCCAGCGGGUGGGACAACAUCUUCCCCUUCCUUGUAGCGGAUCCUAUCGAGCGUGACAUCAUGUGAGGAGGAGGAUGACGAGGAGGAGGAGGCGUGUUUGUUUGCCGCACAUUGAUUGGUUGUUUGAGGUUGUUUGUACUGUUGUUGGGCAGGGUGUUGUUGUUGUCGCCACGUGCACGGAUAAUCCAUACCGAUUCGAGUUUGUUUUGUC